AACGAAGGGAAAGUUUGGGCGAGUCAAAAAAAGGCAUCGAAUGUAAAGAGAGAAAAGACAAAAUCAAGAAAACCCAAGAAUCAGAACCAUCUCCCAAAGUCUGCAAUAAUAGUUUAGUCUACAAUUUUAGAUUAAUGUACGUUGCUUUCAAUUUCAACGUCUCCCCUUUCUUUCUUCUUCUCCCCAAUUCCUUUUUUUUUCAUCUGCCACCCUCGAAAAAUCGAAACCUAUUUAUUUUUUCCUGUAAAAUUCAUACUUGUUCGCCUCCAUCUGUGAAAAGUCUCUGGGAAUUUGGUAAUUUCUGCAUCAAUAUAUUGUUUAUCUUGAGGAAAAGUAGGAUCUUGGUGGCAAGGCUUUCGUUUCUGGCUUGUAUUUUGAUCUGGGUUGCUCAUUUUAAUCGUUAUGAAGAGCUUUAAGUAAGAAAAGUUUCAAACUUUGAGCUUGGGGUUUGAAGAAAACAUGGGAUUUUGAGAGGGCAUGGUUGUGAACUAGGGGUCUGGUUUGAUUUUGACAUUAGGUUUAUUUGUCGAAGUUGUGUUUAUAUGAAAAAGGGGAUUAUUUAACCCCUACUUGCUUUGUUGAUCAUGGAGGCUCUCUUAUUUUAUUGUAGAUGAAUGGAAUAAGGUUCGGGUUUUCUGCUCUCUUUGUUUAUGAUUAUAUCUCUGUUUUCCUGAGUUAUGCUUGGUGGGUAAACCCGUAAAAGAGUAAAUUGGGAGGUCUUUGAUUACACUUUCAGCUGAGAAUUUAGAAGUAUGCUUUUGUGGUGGAGAGUAAAGUUGUUUUUGGUUUGAAAUAAUGAUCAAAACGAUAUUUGGUAAGAUCCCAAAGAAGCAGCCGAAGUCGGCUGGAAGCCAUACCUCAGAUUCAAAUGCUUCAACAAGCUCAAAGAGAAGUGAUGGGGGUCGUAAAAAGCAAGGUUCUGUUUCAUCCAAUACUGUUAUUUCAUCUCCAUUUCCUCUCCCCAGUACCGGCAGUGGGGAAACAUUUGUCCGAGAAGGGGUUUCAAAACCAAACAAAAACUCUCUUAUUCCGGUGUACGAAGCUUUGCCGAGUUUCAGAGAUGUUCCCUCUUCUGAGAAGCAGAGUUUGUUCAUCAGAAAGCUGAACAUGUGUUGCGUAGUCUUUCAAUUCAGCGACCCGACAAAGAACAUGAAAGAAAAAGAGAUCAAAAGACAGACUUUACUAGAGCUCAUGGAAUACAUCACUUCUGCCAAUGUGAAGUUCACGGAAACGGUCAUGCAAGAAGCUGUGAAAAUGGUCUCUGCAAAUCUCUUCAGAGAACUCAAACCACAACCGCGAGAGAACAAAGUGGAAGCCUUUGAUGUUGAAGAUGAUGAGCCCGCCAUGGACCCCGCGUGGCCACAUCUACAGAUAGUUUAUGAACUUCUGUUACGGUUCGUUGCUUCGCCUGAAACAGAUGCAAAGAUUGCAAAGCGUUACAUAGAUCACUGGUUCGUCCUCAGGUUGCUUGAUCUCUUUGACUCUGAAGAUCCAAGAGAGAGGGAAUAUUUGAAAAUCAUAGUGCACAGAAUCUAUGGGAAGUUUAUGGUGCACCGGCCUUGCAUAAGGAAAGCUAUAAACAACAUAUUUUACCGUUUCAUUUUUGAGACUGAAAAACAUAAUGGGAUCGCCGAGCUGUUGGAGAUUCUGGGUAGCAUUAUAAAUGGCUUUGCUUUGCCACUGAAAGAGGAACACAAACUUUUCCUUGUGAGGAUGUUGAUCCCAUUGCAUAAGCCGAAAUGCUUGCCCAUGUACCACCAGCAAUUGUCUUAUUGUGUUACACAGUUUGUGGAGAAAGAUUGUAAGCUUGCCGAUACGGUUAUUAGGGGAUUGUUGAAGUAUUGGCCGGUCACCAAUAGCUCAAAGGAAGUUAUGUUUCUUGGUGAGUUGGAGGAAAUCUUGGAAGCAACUCAGGCUGCAGAGUUUCAACGCUGUGUUGUGCCUUUAUUUCGCCAAGUUGCUCGUUGCUUGAGUAGCAUGCACUUUCAGGUUGCUGAGAGGGCACUGUUCUUAUGGAACAACGAUCACAUCGAGAAUCUAAUAAAACAAAACAGAAAGGUGAUCCUUCCCCUUCUCUUCCCUGCACUGGAGAAGAACGCAAGAAGCCAUUGGAACCAAGCUGUCCAUUGCCUUUCGCUCAACAUUCGAAAGGUCUUCUAUGAUCUUGAUCCAGAUCUCUUUCAAGAGUGCUUGCACGAUUUUGAGGAAGAAGAGUCAAAGGAAAAUGAUGUCCGGUCAAUGCGCGCAGCCCGAUGGAAACGCUUGGAAGAGCUCGCAAUGGGAAAUGCUGCGAGUCGCGAACCGGUUCUCGUGCCCCGGUUGCGGUCUUCUUGAACUUUUGGUUGUCUGUUCUUUCUUUGUUUCUUUCUUUCUUGAGAGCUUUUGGUUUUCAGUGAGGAGAAGAAGUUUGCAGUGGAUGGGAUGCAUGUUGUUGAAAGGGAAUUGAAUAGCUUGUUUUCCUGUUCUUUUAUCAUCUUGGAAUCUUGGAGGAUGCUCUAUCAUGACGAAAUUAUUAUCACUUGUGCAAAUAUUCUUUGCAUGCUAAGAUUGUGAAGAAUGAGAAAGAAUGAAAUCUUUUGUCUUAA